AUGAGUGAGUUCUUUGCUUUUCGGGUUCAAGAGAGGUUUGGAGAAUCUCCAACAAUUGUAAUGUCCGGAAGAUUGUACCAACAGUUUUUGGUUGACGCGUUCACGAUGAUCGAGACGAAUAGACUUCGCUUCAUAUCAAUGAAUCAACAGAAACUUCGAUCCGAGACUUUCGAUAAUAUAAAGGAUGCCGCUGAUAAAGGAAAUUCUGAUAUUUCUGAGAAAGGUAGAAGAAUUUUCAUUCCUGCCUCUUUUACUGGUGGUACAAGAUAUAUGCUUCAACAUUAUCUGGACGCUAUGGCCGCGUGCAAACAUUUUGGAUUUCCAGAUUUGUUCAUCACGUUCACGUGUAAUCCAAAAUGGCCUGAAAUUACUAGGCAUUUACAAAGACAUAAUUUGAAAGCAGAAGAUAGACCAGACAUAUGCGCUCGAGUAUUCAAAAUGAAACUUGAUGAUCUCAUGUACGAGCUAACUAAAAAAAAUGUCUUGGGAGUUGUAAAUGCUGGAGCUGAUUAUGUUCGCGCAGUAGUAGGCAAAGAUGACGAAGAUGAUGAAGUUAAGAAGCAUUUCAACUGUAGGUAUAUAUCACUUGGCGAGUCUAUAUGGAGGAUCGAGGGUUAUGAUACACAUAGUCGUACAGUUUCUGUAACAAAACUCCCGUUUCAUCUGCCGAAUCAGCAAUUAAUUAUAUACAAUGAAGAUGAUCCUGCUGAAGAAGUGGUUGAACGUGUAACCGUUGGUAUGUCCAAAUUCAUGGCUUGGAUGGAAUGUAAUAAAGAGUAUGAAGAAGGAGAGACUUAUUAUUUGAGGCUCUUGCUCAAUAUAGUUAUAAGUCCAACGUGUUUCGAAGAUAUAAGAACGGUUAAAGGGCAUCAUUAUGAUACAUUCAAAGAAGUUUGCUUUGUCCUUGGGUUACUCGAUGACGACAAAGAAUACAUUGAGACUAUAAAAGAUGCAAAUCUUAGGCUGUCUACUGAGCAGGUUAAAAACCUUUGCUUAGCUGAGAUAGAGAUGCUUCUGCGUACUGCUGGAAGUUCUCUUACAGAUUUUUCAUGUAUGUCGUAUCCAGAUGAUUUGGAUAUGACUAUACGCGGUAAUCCUCUUAUUCGUGAUGAAAAAAGUUAUAAUCGAGAUUAUUUGCGAGUUAGACAUGAUGAGUUGUUUGCCACGAUAACUGAUGAACAACGACUUAUCUAUGAUGAGAUUCUAGAAGCUGUUUAUUCAGGCUCUGGCGGAAGGUUUUUUGUUUAUGGUUCUGGUGGUACCGGAAAAACGUAUCUAUGGAGCUUAUUAGGAGCCGCGUUACGUUCAAAAGGUGAUAUUGUUCUGAAUGUUGCAUCAAGUGGAAUUGCUGCUUUGUUAUUGCAAGGAGGUCGAACGGCCCAUUCGAGAUUUGCAAUUCCAAUUGUUGUUAAUAGUUUUACGAAGUGUGCAAUCAAAUCUCAAUCAAACCUUGCAGAAGUGAUCGAUGCAUCUAAACUGAUAAUAUGGGAUGAAGCAUUAAUGAUGAGUAGGGAUUGUUACGAGACAUUGGAUAGAACCUUGAGAGAUAUAUUAAAAUGUGACAAGCCUUUUGGUGGUAAAGUUAUCGUUUUUGGUGGAGAUUUCAGGCAAAUUUUGCCUGUUAUUCCAAACGCAGGCAAAACAGAGAUUCUUAUGGCUACUUUAAAUUCAUCUCCCCUUUGGUUUGGAUGUAAAGUGUUGAGGCUUACACGUAACAUGCGACUAAUCCCUGGAGACAACAGUCGUGAGAUGUGUGAGCUAGCAUCUUUUACAAGGUGGAUUCUUGAUAUCGGAGAAGGAAAAAUAAAUCCGAGUGAUAGCGGAGAAAGCGAGAUUGAUAUUCCAAGUGAACUAUUGAUUAAUGAUUGUGAAAAUCCGAUUAAAGCUAUUGUUGAUGAAGUUUAUGGACAGGAUUUUCACAAAAAGACUGAUCCUAAGUUCUUUCAGGAUAGGGCUAUUUUGAGUCCAAGGAAUGAUGAUGUUGGGCUUAUAAAUGAUUACAUGUUAUCACAAUUAAAAGGUGAGGAACAAACCUAUCUAAGUUGUGAUAGUAUUGUUUACCCAACCAUUGUUUUGCGUUUAAGAGCCGGUACUCCUGUUAUGUUGCUGAGGAAUAUUGAUCCUAGGAAUGGUUUGUGUAAUGGAACUAGGUUACUUAUUACUCAGAUGGCCAAUUAUGUCCUAGAGGCUAUAAUAAUAACUGGUGACAAAAUAGGAGAGAAAAUUCUUAUUCCUAGGAUAUUUUUAUCUCCGACAGAGACUAAAUUUUCUUUCAGAAUGAGGCGCAAACAGUUUCCAAUUACCCUUGCUUUUGCGAUGACGAUAAACAAGAGUCAGGGUCAGACACUUGCUAAAGUUGGAUUGUAUCUGCCUAAACCAGUCUUUACACAUGGUCAACUGUAUGUUGCUGUUUCGCGGGUAACAUCCAAAUCAGAACUACAAAUCUUAAUCACGGACAAAGACAAAAAGCCUCAAAAGAAGACAUUAAACGUUGUAUACAAAGAUGUCUUUGAUAAUAUUUAG